AUGUGGGCCGGAUAUAAACGUGGAUUCCAGCACGUCGACUUGAAAACGUUCGGAGAUUACAUGGCGUCUGUGGUCCGCGACGCGACUAGCGUGGUGACUUUCGAACCAGAGAUGAAGCGGAAUAUCACGCGCGAGCGAUCCAAGAACAGUAAAGGAUUCGUCAACUCCCACGCGACAGAAGUAGUGGGAAAAUCCAAAGAAUCCGAGCCGAAACAGUUGGGGUGUGCUCACUGCAAUAAGAGCGGGCACCGGGUGCGCGAUUGCACUGCAUUCAAACAGUUGCAACUCGACGAUCGUUGGAGACGAGUCCGAUCCCUAGGUUUGUGCCAGAACUGUUUAUUCAGCCACGGGCGGCGCGCGUGCCGAAUUCGCACAAUCUGCGAUAUCGAAGGCUGUCAAUAUCGCCACCACCCACUUCUCCAUUCACCAAGAGGUCCGCCAAUGUCGUCGGAGCGCACGCUACAGGUGGCAGAAACACAUACACAUCGCCAUCCGACUUCGUCGUCGCUGUUUCGAAUAGUCCCAGUGACCCUACACGGGACUAACGGUUCCGUGAAUACAUUUGCCUUUCUCGACGAGGGUUCUGAUUUGACUCUGAUAGAGAACGACUUGGUUGCUUCACUUGGCGUCAAAGGGACUCCGCUCCCUCUAUGCCUGCGGUGGACUGGCAACACAUCACGCGUGGAAAAGGGCUCGCAACAGAUCACUGUCGACAUCAACGGGCUCGGCCAGGAUAAGCGGCACCAACUUUUGAAUGCGCGGACUGUGCACAACCUCGGACUCCCUGCGCAAACUUUCCAGAUGGAUGAAGCAGUGAAACGGCACAAACACCUGCAAGGAGUCCCAAUCGCCAGCUACCAGAAUGCGGUACCUAAGAUCCUGAUCGGCGUCGAUAACCUACGUCUGGCACUACCACUGAAGGUACGAGAAGGCGAUGGAUUAUCCCCGGUGGCGGUGAAGACCAGGCUUGGCUGGUGCGUCUACGGCCCACGCGGCAGAGACAAUCGUGGAUCUUUCAGCUUCCACAUUUGCGAAUGCCCCUGCGACAAAAUGCUGCAUCAGGCGGUGAAAGACUUCUUCACAAUUGAAGGAGCUGGAGCAGGCCCGGUAAACGUCCCUCCAACGAAGGAAGAAGAACGAGCGCUAAUUAUAAUGGAGGCUACCACCCGUCGAGUAGGAAACCGCUUCGAAACGGGCCUGAUCUGGAAAGAUGACCAAGUAGAGUUCCCGAACAGCUACUCGAUGGCGGUACGUCGCUUGGAGUGUCUUGAGCGCAGAAUGGACCGUGAUCCGGGGCUGAAGGAGAAUCUCCACCGACAAAUUAGCGAAUACGAAGGGAAAGGUUACGCACACAAGGCGACGAAAGCGGAACUGGAAGCAGCGGAUCCAAGGAGAGUGUGGUAUCUCCCAGUCGGAGCAGUGGUGAACCCCAAGAAACCGGGAAAAGUCCGCGUCAUCUGGGACGCAGCAGCCAAAGUUGCCGGCGUAUCUCUCAACAGUGCACUGCUAAAAGGCCCAGACCAAUUAUCUUCUCUUCCUGCUGUUCUGUUUCGCUUCCGAUUGUACCAGGUGGCAGUCAGCUCCGAUAUCCAGGAGAUGUUUCAUCAGAUCCAGAUACGAGAGGCAGACAAAAGCUCACAGCGCUUCUUAUGGCGUAGCGACCCAGUUCAGAAGCCAACAAUCUACCUAAUGGACGUCGCUACCUUCGGAAGCACUUGCUCUCCGGCAUCGGCGCAAUUCGUCAAAAAUAGGAACGCCGAGCAACAUCGUGAGCUGUAUCCUGAAGCAGCGAGGGCGAUCAUGGACGACCACUACGUCGAUGAUUAUCUGGCGAGUUUUGGUACGGAGGAAGAAGCAGCGAAAGUAGCUCGUGACGUACGAUACGUACACGGAAACGGAGGUUUCAAGCUUCACAACUGGCGGUCGAACUGUGCCAAAGUACUGGAACAACUCGGCGAAGUGCGAUCCGAAGCAGACAAACGACUGAAUCUUGCCGACGGUGCAAAGACGGAAAGAGUUCUCGGAAUGCUGUGGAGUCCUUCAACCGACGAGCUCAGCUUUUCUACCCAGAUGAGCGAUGAGGUGCAAACGUUGAUCAGCACAGCCACCCGACCGACGAAAAGGCAAGUGCUACGGUGCGUGAUGACGUUAUUCGAUCCGUUGGGUUUGCUCUCACCCUUCAUCAUACACGGUAAGAUCCUCAUCCAAGACUUGUGGAGAGAAGGUACUGAAUGGGACGAACAAAUCAGCACAGACGUAUACGCCAAGUGGCAACGAUGGGUUGAGAUGAUUACGUACAUCGGCGAGAUUAGAAUUCCAAGGUGUUACAUCCCCCACGCCAACCAACAAACCUACCACGGAUCCGAACUCCACGUAUUCGUUGACGCGAGUGAAGCGGCGUAUUCCUGUGCGAUUUAUCUACGAACGUUCGUCGAAGGUAGACAUCCACAAUGCUGUUUGAUUGCGGCCAAAUCAAAGGUCGCUCCACUGAAGCCGUGGUCAAUCCCGAGGCUUGAAUUACAAGGCUGCGUAUUGGGAGUUCGCUGGUCAAAGUUCGUCAGAGAAAACCAUACUAUUCCGGUCUCCAAGAUGGUGUUUUGGACGGACUCCAGAACGGCUCUAGCAUGGAUCAAGGCCGACCCAAGAAACUAUAGGCAGUUCGUGUCGUUUAGAGUGAGUGAGAUACUGGAGCACACGACGGCGAGCGAUUGGCGAUGGGUACCAUCGAAAUCAAACCCUGCGGAUGAAGCCACUAAAUGGGGCAGCGGACCGUACUUCACCGACAACACUAAGUGGUUUCAGGGUCCAGACUUCCUGCGUCUACCGGAAAACGAGUGGCCUCGUUCCAACGAGCCAGCUGCCACUACCGAAGAGAUUCGAGCAUCGAUCUUACACCACUGCGCGUUCGAGCCUGCAAUAAAUUUCGAAAGGUUUUCUUCCUGGAAUCGCCUGCUACGAGCAACAGCAUACACCCUUCGAUUUCUACACAAUCUGUCCAAAAAGGAUCCUAAAUACACCGGACAUCUUCAGCAAGCUGAACUGAAGGCCGCAGAAGUAAUUAUCUUCAAGCAAGUGCAGAGCGAAUCUUACCCAGAUGAAAUCGCAGCGCUCUCCAAAAAAGGGCCGAAUGAAACUGGGCAGGAGAACAUCGGCAAACACAGCGCCAUCUAUCGAUUGAUGCCAAUCCUGGAUGACAAUGGCCUGUUACGCGAACGUGGUCGGAUCGAUGCAAUUGAAGACGUCGAUUACAAUGUUCGGCAUCCCGUUAUCCUUCCAAGGAAACAUCCAGUUACGGAGCUUCUGGUGCUCCGGUACCAUCAGCAAUAUCGUCACGGAAACGCGGAAACAGUGGUGAAUGAGGUCCGCCAGCUUUACACCAUCUCGAGACUUCGUAUGGUGGUCAAAAAAGUAAGUCGUAACUGCGCAACUUGUAAAAUCCGUCGGGCUAGGCCGACAAUCCCUGCAAUGGCACCACUCCCCCCUGCGCGGUUGGCGCACCACGAACGAGCCUUUACAUACACAAACACAGGAGUGGAUUACUUCGGUCCGUUGAUGGUGAAGCUUGGGAGAUCGAAUGUGAAACGAUGGAUCGCAUUAUUCACAUGUUUGACAGUACGCGCAGUUCAUCUCGAGGUUGCCUACACACUAUCAACAGAGUCCUGCAUUUCGUGCGUACGUCGCUUUGUGGCCCGCCGUGGACCACCAGCCGAAUUCUUUAGCGAUAAUGGGACGAAUUUCCAGGGGGCCGAUCGAGUACUGCAGCACCAGAUAAGCCAGGGACUAUCUGCGACGUUCACCAGCACCAAUACGAAGUGGAACUUCAUACCGCCAGGCGCACCACAUAUGGGCGGAGCCUGGGAACGCCUAGUACAGUCAGUCAAAACUGCAAUGCGCGAAGCAUAUUCAGAAGGAAAGUUAGAUGACGAGGGGCUUCAGACACUGGUCGUGGAGGCUGAAAGUAUGGUGAACUCAAGGCCUCUGACGUAUUUACCGCUCGAGUCCGACGAAAAGGAGGCACUCACACCAAAUCAUUUUUUGUUGUUGAGUUCGAAUGGGGAAAGACAACGAGGAAAAAGGAGUGAGGCUUUAGUUUACGGUCAGCCUGGGGAACUGACCCGCCGUGCAAUCCUGGGAAGAUCUUGGGAGCUAAUACAACGCCAAUUAGGUGUUUUUUGGCAACGUUGGCUGACGGAAUACCUGCCGGUGAUCCGUCGUCAGCCGAAAUGGUUUGAUGAAACUUGA